AUGGAGCAGUUGGCUCAUUUCGUAACGAAAUCGUUCGAUUUUAACAACAGCCGUGUGCUGGAUUUGCUCAACAUGACGGCCACGGCCGGUUCUGUACCACAUACCGAUUAUGGCACUCGGACCGGUUCCGAUUCGGAUCUGCUUUCCAAUACUAGCAGCAGUCUUGGUGGUGAUCUUGAGGACGAAAUACAUCCACACUCGCUCGAGGUAUCGCACGCUCGGCUCCACACGUUACAUCCGCUCCGUUCGAAUGUCCUGUCCAUCGAUAGAAACGAAAGGCGCGCAGAACCCUCGAACGAGGACGAGGAAACGAUCGACAUCGAAAUUACGGAUCUUUCCUACAGCAACGCUAGCGGUGGCAGUAGCGUAGGUGUGUACGAUAACGAGGAACAUAAGGCCAGCGGAACGGGUCGUCCAUCACACACCCAUCCGAUAUCUAGCACCAUUUCCCUAGAGCCGACGGUUGUGAUCAGUGGUUCCGGUGACGAGGCUCAAUCUGAGAAAAAUGGACAGAACAAACACACGAUAGGACGCUCGCUCUUACUGCUGUCCGGGACCCACAACAGCAAUAACAACGAGAAAGGUGUGACGAAUCGUAAUGAAAUUAGUGUUAUACGCAAAUUUGACAAUAAGCAGACGCACGAGAACAGUCGGUCCAAUGUGGCGCUGUGCGAUCUACCUGGCGGCGAAACAGAUGACACACGUGGAGGACAGAAGAAGGAGGCAGAUAAAGGUAGCACCGGUGGUAGCAAUAAUGCUGGUGACGGUGGAAAUACCAUUGGAAAAAAUAACAGCAAGCGACAUGUUCCACGGAAUUGGCUCAUUGCCGAUCUGGUGGAUGAAAAGAAGGAAGUAAAAGCCAAAGAUGAUGUUGCCUUAAAUCUUGUGCGUUCGGAAAGUGACACAAGAGUGGCCAAAGUGGCCCAUGGAUACGAUCCGACCGGUACGAUGCAGGUGGUACGUCCCAAACCGGCCUCCGAGCUGCUCAAGCAAAGUGUUGACCUGAUCAACAAUCACCACUAUCCGGCGGGGUCACUAAGCAACCCGGGCCAUCAUCCACCAGCGUCCGUAGCCGGUACCGACGGUGAAUCCGACACAGAAUCGCGAGUUCCUCGGGAAUCGCUUACGCCCGACCGGGACCAGGAUGCGGGUGCCGAUGGAACGCGAUCAGAGUCCGCACCACCGGCCGGUACCACUCCCGCCGAGGAACGGCUAAAACUACCAACCGAACCGACACACGUCACCAACGGGCAUGGUCCACUAUCAGCACUGACCAACAACAAACAGCGCCGAUCCAGAACGAACUUUACGCUCGAGCAGCUCAACGAGCUCGAACGGUUGUUCGAGGAAACGCACUACCCGGAUGCAUUUAUGCGGGAAGAGCUAAGCCAGCGGUUGGGACUUAGCGAGGCAAGGGUGCAGGUUUGGUUCCAGAACAGACGGGCCAAGUGUCGAAAGCAUGAAAACCAAAUGCACAAAGGUAUUAUCCUUUCGAGUCACAGCCCACCGGUCACCACUCCGCUCGAACCGUGUCGUGUAGCGCCGUACGUUAACGUUCCGUCCCUUCGUGCUGGUAACGGUGUUCCACCCGGUGGAGGUACGGCCGGAACUGGAUUGCCUCCUUCUACUACCGCAGCAACAGCAGCAGCAGCGGUCAACCAUCACUUCCCCGUUGCUGCCUUCUCUGCCUUCGAUUCUGCGUUUAUUUCCGCUGCAGCACAACAGUACGCAGCUGCUCUUACUUCCGGUUCCGUACCGGCGAGCCUUUUCUCACUGUCCCAGUACAGACCGGGAGGACUUGCGGCGGCCGCCGCCAUUGCCACACUGCCCGGAUUCACCGUGGCACACGACAAGAACUCCAGUAUCGUCGACCUACGGCUCAAGGCGGAAAAGCACAAAGAAAAUCAGAAGAAAAUUGUAAACAACGUGUCCUCGUAA